AUGGGCAUUCCCAUCGGAUGGAACAUUAAGCGCGACGAGGCAAAGGACAAGGACGUACUGAGAGCCGACUUGACGGGCCAUCGCUCACCCAUCCGCCGUCGCGUCAGACCGAACAGAUCGCCACGACCGAACAGCACGCUCGAUACUGAGUUCCUCAUAGCCGCCUCUGGCUCUGCUCCCGUCAUAGAAUGGAUACCACGCUCGUCGCAUCGCACACGCCUGGCGCCACCACCAGUGCCUGAACUCUCGAGAACCGACUACCGCGGCAACGAGGCUGCGGCCAACUCACCUGCACCCCUGGGCCCCAAUAGCACCCUGCAUCGUUCGCGCAAUCGCCUCGAUGAAUUCAUGCGUUCAUAUGCGGCGCGCAGAGCCCUGGAGACUGGUCGCCCCAUUGCUGUCUUUACCCCCGGCUUUGCACCCGCAGCAGCUUCACAGAGCUCAGAAUCAGACACGACGCACAGCGCGCGCGAGUUUUCUCGCAUGCGGGAGAGGGCGUCGUAUCGUCGCGCUGCCCCUCCGAGAUUGACCCGUUCACGGAGCCCCCGCGCUGACCGAUCUGCAGCAAGAAGUGAUACUGCAAGCGCGCCCGAGGAAGACCACGAAAGCAGUGACAACAACGCCGUAGCCUUUCCACCGCUGCGCAGGAUGGGGCGCCGCACUAUUGCCGACGGACCAUUACCCAGUAGCUCGUUACGUGAGUCUUGGAGUCCAGUACCUGCUCUUGAUGGCUUGGGCGACCGCAAUCGCAGCGUCAGUCCGCUCGACGACCAACUGCACUGGGAUAGCUUCCUCACGACUGUGGUCGAUGACCCCGUUGCACCAACUGCUGCAUCGUCGUUUGCGUCAGCUGCAGCCUCAGCCUCGUUCUCAAACUCUCACUCAAGCUCGCGAUCGGGAAGUUCAAACUCGACAGCAUCUUCACAAACCCACCUUACAGUUCCUUCGCGACUACCAAGCCCCCCACAGAACGACCAGUUCUUGCGCGCUUGCGAUACUUCAGAUAACGACACGGCUUCGGAUACCGAAGAGGAAGAGACAGACGUGCCUGCACCCAUGCGCCGAGCCCAGAUGGAACGUUCGAGGGAUGGCUUCAGUCUCUCAAACUCGACGGCUCCCCGUCGCCGAAUGCGUCCAUCGUACUUCUCCAGCGAUCCUCCAGCCCGAGACGCAGAUCGCUACUCGCUCCGUGUGAUUGACCGGUCCCGCGGCUCCAGCGACUACAUUCACAACUACUACAACCGAGUCAACUGGAGAAUUGCCCAGACAGAAGAGCCGCAAAGGCUUCAGAUGUCUUCACAGCUCGAUGGGCCGGCUGACGAGCCCGCGAGCACAAGUGAGGCAGAGACUCCCCCGCUCACACGGGCCGAUUCUACGCCGUUAGACCAGGAACUUCGCGACGCAAGAUCACUACUUGAACGCCUUGCCUCCCGCGAGGAUAUCAGCGACGACUUUUGGGCUUCAGUUGGUCUCACACGAUCGUUUGCUGAUCCGGUUCAGCGAUUCCAGGAACUUGAACGUCUUUGA